CAUCUUUUAACACGUUGAGGAAUCGAAACCGAACAGUAUCGGGGCGAUGAGUCAGUAUUGACUCAGCUGGAUUCUCAGUUAAAGCUCCUUCAGCUUCUCGGUUGAUGCUGCGGACGAACGGAAGAGGUAUUUGAGGGGCCGAUUACGCGGUCAGAGACAGCCAAAUGGGAUCUCGCGAAGAGCAUCUGCAGUCAAAGAAGGCUAAACAGUUAGAGGAGCUGCAGAAGGCACUUAAAAGCCUAAGCAUAGCUGUCAAAGCAAACCAGCAACAGAUCAGCCAACCAGGAAAACCUAAUACUUCGAGUAGCAGGCAACGAAACCGGCAACAUUCAAAAGAGCGAAGGCAUGGGACUGACCAGAGUAUUUCGGUGUUUAAACAAGCUGAAAGCCACUCCAGCUCCAUACAAAAGUCUUCUGGACGCCCUGCAACCAGUGGUGGGAGUCAACCUGUUACAGGGCCCAGAAACUUUGGAAGUCGUUCUCAUCCAGCAAGUAAUGCUAAAGAAAUAUCUGAAGCAAGUGUUCAAGAAAAACCAAGAGGACAGAGAGAUGGGCAUCAAAGAAGGCACCCACAACAAGUGCAACAUAGGUCGGAAAGUGUCUCUGUAAAGGAUACAUUUGAGCGCCGUGACCAAUCUGAACAUCAUAGGAGCAAAUCCAAGAUCUAUGGAAGUCAGCCUAACCUGCUCGAUUGUUCCAUAAGGGGUAAUGUGGAAAAUGAGAUGCACAGACAACAACAAGGAAUGAGAGAUAGGCACCAAGGGAGGCGCCCACAGAACUCACAACAUGUGCAAAAUAGGUCCAAGGACGUCUCAGAAAAGAACAGGUUUGAGGGACGUGAUCAACCACAGCAUCGUAGGAGAAAUCCCAAGCUUUGUGGAAGUCAGCCUAACCUGCGGGAUUGUGUGGAGAUUGAGAUUCAAAGAGAGCAGAAACCACGAGGUAGACAGCAUUUCUCUCGAGGAAUGGGCAGAGAGAACCAUCAUGCUACCCGUGAAAGUCAUUCACAGCAAAGUUCCAAACGACCUGGGAGUCAAACCUGUGAUAACCAGAGACAAUACAAAUUCACAAACAAUGUUAGAACCAACCCACAGACCCAAAAUGCUAGACCUUUUGCAGCCACAUCCAGUAAACCCGUUCAAUACAAGCUGUGGAGGAUAGACAGCCGAGAGCUCGAGCGGCUGACCGUGAUGGAACCAGAAAACAUUAUAACGAGAUUGAUUUCUCCAAGAAGUGGGCUCAAAGAGUUCCUGAAUCAGGUUAAUCCUAGCAAAAACUUAAUUGAGUCCUUUCUGAAAGUUCUUUGUUCAGCAUUCAAAUGCCAAUCCAAUCGACACAAUUUAAAUUAUCUCCUAGAGAUGAUCAAGGACUCCAUGUUUCUGAAGCGUAUCCUUCCUGAAUUUGUCGUAAGUGCCCAGACUGAAGUGUUGCCAGAGGCACAUUUGGAAAACUCUGCUAACCUUGCGUCUACAGUGAAAUUGCUCUGUGAGCUGAUUACUGUUUACCCUGCGAGUGCUUUUCUGGAAGUGUUUCUUCUAGCUCCAUUGGUGCAGUCAACUUCACAAUACCUCCAGUCUAUUGGCUUUCCUGCCUCGACAGAAACUGAGAAGAACUUGGAAAAACUGCAGCUGAUGGUUAGAAUUCUGCAGGACAAGAAGCGAGAUGGAGGUUUGAAAUCUGAUACCUACACCUACUUCACAGGGCCUGAGGUGGAAGACUUUAGGCACAUUUCAAUAUACCCAACCUAUGACGACAUUCAUUUAAUCAAAAAGCCUUAUGUGAGACCCAAUAUCACCACUGGAAAAUAUCCAGACACUGCCACGUACCUUGACACACACUUUCGCCUACUCCGUGAAGACUUCAUUCGUCCAUUAAGGGAUGGCAUUUCCAAAUUGUUGACUUGUGACCAGAGGGAUCUGAAGAAGAACAAAAUAAAUGACAUCAGAAUUUAUUUCGAUGCACAUAUACUAGGCCCACUGUGCACACGUAGUGGUGUCUUCUUUCAGGUUCAAUUUGAUGCAAACUUGCUAAAGUUUGUUCGAUGGGAGAGCUCCAAGCGACUGCUGUUUGGUUCUUUUCUUUGCCUAUCCAAAGACAACUUUGAAACUAUGCUGUUUGCGACAGUGGCAAACAGAAGCAUUGAAGAACUGAGAAAAGGUAUCACUACACUCAACUUCACAGAAGAAAGCCGACAUCAGCUGAUGGACAUUAAGUCAACAGACUCUUUUCUAAUGGUUGAAACGACUGCAUACUUUGAAGCCUACCGCCAUAUUCUGGAAGGUCUUAAAGAGAUUAAAGACAAUGAAUUACCCUUUCAGAAAUAUAUUAUCGAGUGCCAGCCCCAUGUUGCAGGACCAAAAUAUCUAACACAUGGUUAUCAAAACUAUACACUUGAGCCUUUGAUGAAGGAACAAACUUUCAAAAGCCCAAUGCAGUCCGUCAUGGCUGUGCUCAGUACCAAUCUGUUGAACGUUAACAGUGUGUGUGAUUUUAGAAAGUGGCCUUCUAAAGAAAAAUUAAACUUUGAUGAAUCCCAAAUGCGAGCCUUACAAACAGCUAUAACCAAAGAGCUUGCAAUUAUCCAGGGUCCGCCAGGAACAGGAAAGACCUAUUUGGGACUGAAGGCUGUCCAGGUUCUUCUGGCUAACAUGGAUAUUUGGCAAUCUGCUGGUGCUUCUCCCAUUUUGGUGGUCUGCUAUACAAACCAUGCAUUGGAUCAGUUUUUGGAAGGGAUCCAUAAGUUUCUGGACACUGGGCUGGUCAGAGUUGGAGGAAGGAGCAGCAGUAAAAUACUGUCCAAAUUUUCUCUGAACACGCUAAGAAGGGAGGCAAACUUCAGGAAAACUCUGCCAGGGUAUCUGAAGGGCGCACAUACUGUGCUGAUCGAAGAAAGGGAAAAGAUCCAGGGAAUAAUUGAAACGUUAGCCGCAUCAUUGGAAGCAAGCGAGAAGGGUGUACUUCAGAUGUAUACUUUAUCUAAACACAUUGCUUCGAAACACUUGGAGAGUCUCCAGGUGGCCUGUGAAGGUCGUCCUUCCCGUCAAUCCGGCAUUCUGGAGUGGUUAGGAAUAACAUCCGUGUCCACAUGUUAUUUCACAUCAAAAUCAACAACACCAGGCAAAAGCAAGGAAGAGAACCUGGAGGAAGUAGACUCAGUUGGCAGGGAGGGAGACACAGGAAGUCCCAGUAAUCUGACUGAAGAGGAAGAGUCAAUGGAAGAUGAUGGCGAGCUCAUUGAGGUGGGUGUGGAGGCUGAGCUGCUGCAAAUGCAGGGACUGAUUGGAGACUAUGACUUCCAGAAGCAAGUUCAGAAUGUGACUGUCCAUUUGGCUGCAAGCCAAGAACCAUUUUUUGACUUCAAUCUCAGAGAGACUGCACACCAUUCCGAAUCCCAAACUGGGAGUAAGGAUGAAGAUGAUCGUGAGCUGGCCUCUGAAGUUACUCCCUAUGGUCGAUCUGGCAUACUGGAAAAAUCAGAAUUAACAUCUGCACCCAAAUGUUACUUGACAUCUAACGAGCAAGCCACAGAAGAUGAUGCGGAGGAGACAGAUUCAUUUGUCACAGAGGGAGACAUAGGAAGCCCCAGUGAUCUGACUGAUGAGGAACAGCAAACGGAAGAUGAUGAGCUAAUUCAUGUGACUGAGGAGGCUGAGCUGUUGCAAGAUGAGAGAAUGAUUGGAGAUAAUGAUCUUCAGAGACAAGUUAGGAGUGCGACUGCCCGUCUGGCUGCAAUCCAGGAAAAUUUUCUGGCCUUUAAACCUGAAGACAUUGUACGCCCUUCCAAAUCUCAAGCUGAGAGUGAGGAUGAUGAUGAUUGGGAGAUAGUCAAGAAAACUAAGAAACAGAUGCGAGCAAUGGUGAAAAAACAGUUGAAGCUUACCAACUACAUGUCAGAAGAUGAAGCCAACAGCAUAGAUAAUGUUUGGGAACUCACACUGCGCGAUCGCUGGAGACUAUAUAGGUUAUGGUUGUCAAUGUACCAAAUGGGAACCAGACGUGAAAUGUUAUCACAUGAACAGCAAUAUCAGAAAAUUGUCAACCGUCUUGCUGAGUUGAGAAAUCAAGAAGAAAUGGUACUCCUUAGACAGUCUAAAGUAGUGGGGAUGACCACAACAGGUGCAGCAAAAUAUAGAACUGUCUUGCAGGACAUUCGGCCAAAAAUUGUGAUUGUAGAAGAAGCAGCUGAAGUGCUAGAAGCUCAUAUAAUCACCGUUCUUAGCUCAGCCUGUGAGCACCUCAUUUUAAUUGGUGAUCAUCAGCAGCUUCGUCCAAGUGCGACUGUGUAUGAACUUGCAAAAAAUUUCAACUUGGACGUUUCCUUGUUUGAGCGGCUGAUAAAUAUGAAUGUGGAGUUUGUCCGGCUCAAUUAUCAACAUCGAAUGCACCCUGAAAUUGCAAAACUGAUAACUCCACACAUCUAUGACAAGUUGGAAAAUGCAGAGUCUGUGAAGCUGUAUGAAAACAUCAAGGGAAUCUCAACCAACCUCUACUUUAUUGACCAUCAGCAGCAGGAGAAUAUAAUCAAGGAAGGAAAAAGCUUUCACAAUGCACACGAAGCUCUGUUCGUGAAGGCCCUUUGCAAUUAUCUCAUCCAGCAAGAUUACAAACCAUCGCAGAUAACGAUUCUUACCACCUACUCAGGACAGUUGCUUUACUUAAGGAACAUAAUGCCAAAAAAUCAAUUUAAUGGUGUUCAGGUCUGUGUGGUGGACAAAUACCAAGGGGAAGAGAAUGACAUAGUGAUUCUGUCGCUCGUUCGAAGUAAUCCACAGGGUGUGGUAGGGUUUCUGCGGAUACCAAACCGUAUCUGUGUAGCUCUGUCUCGGGCAAAGAAAGGCUUCUACUGCAUAGGCAACAUGAGUAUGUUGUCAAGCAAAGUCCCGCUGUGGAGGGAAAUAGUUGACUGGCUACGCAGCAGUGGCAAUAUAAGUCCCGCACUGAAAUUGUGCUGCCAAAACCAUCCGAGAAACAACGCUUUGGUGUCGACGGCUGAUGAUUUUAGACAGGCUCCUGAGGGAGGGUGCUCCCUGCCUUGUAAUGUCCGACUGAAAUGUGGCCAUGCAUGUGCCUCUCCUUGCCAUCCUUCUGACCCGGAGCAUGAGCGGUAUAAAUGUCUCAAACCCUGUCAGGUCCUCUGCAAGCAGGGACACAGAUGUCCUAACCUUUGCUCUGACCCGUGUGACAAGUGUAACUUCAAGGUGACCAAAGUUAACCCUCAGUGCGGCCAUGAGCAACAGGUGUCCUGCUCCGUUCCAGUGGAAGCGUUCAUCUGCCAGGAACCCUGCAGCAAAACCAUUGGCUGUGGCCACCAGUGCAUUAGGCGCUGCGGGGAGUCCUGCACCAAGAAGUGCCCCGCAAAGGUCAAGGUCACAUUGAGGUGUGGUCACGAGAGGCAGGUGCUGUGCCACUUGCAGAAGGACACCGAGCUUACCAGUGGAACCUUGCUGUGCCACCUGACAUGCAGGGUGCAGCUGGCGUGUGGCCAUUCCUGCCAGGCCACUUGCAUCGAGUGCGCUGGCGGGCGGCUCCAUGUACCCUGCAGCUUUCCGUGUGGGCGGACAUUGAUCUGCUCUCACAGGUGCAGCGAGUACUGUUCCACAGAGUGCCCUCCUUGCGGCAGGGCCUGUGAGAACCACUGCCCACAUGGCAAGUGCCCAAAGGCGUGUGGCGAGCUGUGUGUGCCCUGCAUGAAGCCCUGCGAAUGGGCCUGCCCACAUUCCCGGUGCACGAGGCUGUGCCAUGAGCCUUGCAACCGGAAGCCCUGUGAUAGGCCGUGCAACCAAAAGCUUCAGUGCGGGCACCCAUGUAUUGGCCUGUGCGGGGAGCCAUGCCCCAGCAAGUGCCGUGAGUGCGAUGAUGCUGAAGUCACUGAGAUAUUCUUUGGAGGGGAAGAUGAACCUAAUACCAGGUUUAUCCAGCUGGAAGACUGCCAUCACAUCUUUGCAAUGUAUGCAUUUGAUGACUGGAUGCAGCAGUCUGAAGGUGCCGGGUCUGAGGCAAAGCUCAGCCUUUGCCCCAAGUGCUCAACACCAAUUCGAAGGAAUGUGCGCUAUGGGAACACCAUCAAGAGCACUCUGGCUAAAAUAGAGACAGCCAAAGCAAAGAUCUUGGGAGACAAAGAGGAGCUGAAAAGCUGGAAGAAAAGUCUCAAGCAAUUUCUGGACGCAAAGAAGGAAUUGUUUGAUUGUUAUCUGACGAAAACCCUGGACCUGCAGCUCGAGCUGCAAGAGCCAAACAUAAAUUUGCACAAGUUGGCCAUCAUCAGACAUAAGAUCAGCCUCCUUUCCAAAAUUGCUGAAUUGAAAUCCAAAGGAAAUGAGCUACUGGAAGAACAGAGAGCAAAGAUCCAAGAUGAAAUGGAUUUGCAGGUAAAGUGGAUCAUGAAAAGCAGAGUUCAGUUCACUGAUCAAGAGAUUGCAAGCAUUGAACGAGAAAUAUCAAAGUUAACCCAUCUAAAUGACAUAUACUUAAUUCAGAACUCGGUGCAAAAGCAAAGGAAACUGUUUGAUUUAACAUCCCAGUUUACAAUCGGAGAGCUUCUGCAAGAACUUGAAGGUGGGAAAGCAAAUCACGAAGAGAAAUGGUUGCAAGAAAAUGUCGAUAGAUUGAAAAAGAAAUAUCCCUUAACGGGAGGAAAGUGUUAAGCCUACUGAGACUUGUUGCUGUAAAACUGACUCAUUUUAAUGCAUUUGGUGAUUGAUCAGUGACUUUGGAAUUAGCAGAAAAAAAUUAGCAUCUUUACAAAGGCAACCAGGAUAGCUUCAGAAAUGACUAACAUGCUAUAAAAUUACUCAGGAUUUAUGCUUCAACUAAAUUGCUAAUGGUUUGGAUUGUAAAGUAAAAUGCUGCAACCGUGUCAUACACAGCCACUACUAGCUAUGUCAGAGUGUGUAUAUAAUGACUAAGUGCUGGGUUUAAGCAAUGAUCCAGUUUCUCUUUCCUGUUGCACGCCCCCCCCCCCCCCCACCC